CUCUCUCUGCUUCUGCUUGCAAAGCGAUCACUCGCUCUCCUUCCCCUCUCUCUAUCUAUCGUGGUAAGGGAAGAGAUAUGGGAACCACAGAGACAAUGUCCUACGAAGAGCAGCGGCGGAGGAGGCUAGAGGAGAACAAGAAGAAGCUCGAACAGCUUAACCUCCCCCACCUCUCCGUCGCCCUCCGCGACGCCGCCGCGUCCCCCAAGACCUCCCCGGCCAAGCAGAUCAAGCGAAAGAUGUCCCGGGAUGCAAGCCUCACCCCCGUACGCCGGUCCGUCCGCGUCGCGAGCUUGCCGGAGCCCAACUACCGAGAAGUAGCUUCAGACUUCGUGGAUAGGCCGAGAAGGAUCGCUAGGGUUUUGAAGCGUAGAGGCUUGGACGAUCGAGUAUAUGCAUCAGAUGAAGCUAGGGAGUACGCCCAAACGAAAGCAGAGGAAAUCGAAGCGGGACUCGACCCAAAGUUUCCUUCUUUUGUGAAGUCUAUGCUCCAAUCUCACACCACCGGAGGAUUUUGGCUGGGCCUUCCUAUAAUAUUCUGCAACAAGCAUCUGCCAAAGCGUGGUGCGACAAUUACUUUAAUAGAUGAAAACGGGGAUGAAUCCGAUACUACUUAUCUUGCCCACAAGAGAGGACUAAGUGGAGGGUGGAAAGGUUUUUCUAUAAAUCAUGAAUUAGUUCAUGGCGAUGCUGUCGUUUUCCAGUUGAUCAAAACGACAACUUUCAAGGUCUAUAUAAUUAGGGCGAGUGAAUAUGAUAGCAGUUGAUGUAGUUCUUGACUCUCCAGAAAAAGGAAUUUUGAUGCUGCUGCAAGGAGUAGGAACAGGUAACAGGCUCAGUGGUCCUUAGAAUCAGAGAAGUCCAAUGCUCCUCAUUUAUUUCAGUUUGAAGACUUGAGGGAGGGGCUUUACAACAGUGUUUUUGCAUAAACCAAAACUUCUCAUAUGCCCAUAAAACAUUCAAAAAUUUUGUUACUUUGAGCUUGACUUCGGCUUAAUCUAAAAUUUCCAGUGGACCAAAUCUUGUAGACAGAAGUAAAUGAAGAAUCUUGGUUUGAAAUGUGCUAUCUAUAUGGUGGCUAUUGCUACCA